AUGUUCUUGUCUGGCAGAAGUUUUCUUGCUUCCACGCUGCGAUGUUUUCUAUUAUUCAGUCUUAUUAUGGUCAAAAUAUUCUGCCAGUAUGACUGUGAUGUUUUCGAUCCGAAUUGCUAUGCAUUUUAUCGACUCAAUUUAAAUAAUUAUCAUCGAUCUGACCAACCUAAAAGUAAUCGUUGUAACCAACAAAGUGUUUGGUUAAUACCUGGUCGGGCUGAUGCUACAUGCACCAGACCGGAAGCAAAGCGAAUUUUUGAAGUUAAUCCGCAUGAAGUAAAAAUUCAUCCAGAAGUUAUUCGAUUGCCUGGUUGUUUUACGAUUGAAAUUAACAAUAUCAAGAUAUUAGAAAAUGAUGGUACUAUACCGAACAGUUUUUUUGGCAAAGUUGAAUAUCAAUGGAUGAAUAUUAAGGACUUUUCUGAAUUAAAAUGCCAAAAUGCGAGUAAUAAUGGAUGUGGAGGAUAUGGGAAUAACUGUUAUUACUGUGACAUUUGCGAUGGUCUUAAUGAACUGGAUAACGCUCAAAAUCAGUCGCCAUUCAUAAAUGAGCUCAAAGGACUCAGUUGUCCUAAUCAUCCUGGACUUUAUACUUUCAGGAAGGAGUUCUGUUUCAACGAUUGGUCCAUGUUUGAUAAGAACGGCGACUGUCAACUUGAUUUUCUGCAGGGAGAGCGGUCCUCGGACUACAAAUCCGCUUUCGCGUCGUUGCAGCAAGUAGGAUAUGGAACAAUAGUAGCACGACUUCGCUUAGCCUACAACGCGACGAAAGAAAUAGCGCAAAAACGUGCAUUAAAGGAAAAGCAGAUUGAAGAAAUGAUUACUAGAGAACUGGAAGAAAAGCGACGAACAUGGGAUGUGACUAACGGAGAGUUUCAACGAUUCCAAAAGUGGUAUAUAAAUUAUCGUAAAAAUUUAUGGCACAAGGAAGACUACCUGCCAUGGUUGUUAUACGAGAAUGAAAUCACAUGCAUUCGGAUAACGUUUGACGUAUGUGAGCGAUUACCUUCACGUAGCAAAUAUGGUAAACUAAGAUAUAUGUGUGAUGCGAAUUGA